CCCGAUCCCCACAGACGCAGGACCCCCCGGACUAUAGCGUUAUCGAGCACUAUUCCCAUUGGUGGUAGCUACUGCGAUAGUCCCAGACGUGCUAACGUAUGCACCCGUGAAUCGGCUAUGUUAGCGAGGGGCACCUGCCUCUUUUGGAUGCGCUUUUCCCCGCUGGAAAUCAUGCCGCUCAGGUACUCAGGAACCAUAUGUACUACCGUCCGGUCUAAUAAGAUCGACGCCCGCAUGUAUGGUACCAAUCAGAUAAAUACGACAUUCCUCCUCAUGAUGAACACCUAGAACAUUUGUUCCUUGUUCUUCAUGGUACGCCCAAUCAUCGCCAAACAAUAGACAUAGCGACUCUUGUAAACAUGGUACUCUCUAUGGCCGAUGGGCUACUCGGCGCUCGUCUGCCUGGAAAUGGCUUCUUGAGAGCACUUAUGAUCGGGUCGCUCGCGAGUCUGGUCUGGGGCGACCAGUCGCAGGUUCAAAUUGAUGCGCGAAACUUGGGUAUGCGAAGCCCGAAAAAGGAGCAUCUACUGGCUCAGAUUGGCGAGCUUGCAUACGACAUGGACGUCGUAGCGACCACCACCGCUCCGGCGCCCGCAGCCACUACAACAUCACUGCUAGACACUUUCCAAGUAGCUGAACCAGUACUCUUGCCAUCCAGCGGCCACGCAGACGCGGUGACUGUAACGUUGAUGGAGCACCAAUUCGCUAACAGCUACGGCUCGCCUUUUGUCGGAAAUUACACCCCACCAGACUUUGACUUUGAUCAUGUCGUCAUCAACUUCACCGUCGAGGUCAAGGGCCGGCAAUACGACCGCUGGGGCUCCAUAUACCUGGGGGACAUCAACAUCUUCUCGACCUCGACGGCGGAGCCUACAUCGUACGGGAUCACGUGGACCUGGCUCAAAGACGUGACCCCUUACCUCUCGCUCUGGAAGGAGCCGCAGACGCUCAUCUUCGAGCUCGACAACGUCGUCACCGACAUCUACACGGGUCUGCUCAACUCGACCCUGACGGCAACCUUCUUCAGAUCGCCCAUCCAGGUCGGCGGCCAGGCGCCCGCGGACCUGAUCCUGCCCGUCUCGGCGCACAAGAGCCCCAUCACCGCCAGCUUUUGGACCUACCCGGAGGAGGACGCGAGUGCGACGCUGCAGUUCCCGCGUAACGCGAACCGGGCGGUCUUGGGCCUGGCAGUGAAGGCGCAGGGCAACGAGGAGUUCUGGUGGAGUAACGUGCCAGAAUCGGCCGUUGGGGCGUUUGAUCCCGACGUGGGCACCUACCCAGGCUACUCGCCCUGGCGCGAGGUGCAGGUGCUGAUCGACGGGCAGCUGGCGGGGGUGCACUGGCCGUUCCCGACCAUCUACACGGGCGGCGUGGUGCCGCAGCUGCACCGGCCGAUCGUGGGCAUCGACGCGUUUGACCUCCGGGACCACGAGAUUGAUAUCAGUCCUUGGCUCCCGCUGCUGUGCGACGGGGCAGAACACACAUUCACCCUGAAGGUGGUGGGGCUCGUCGACGAUGGGUCCUCGAGCGCCACGCUCUCCAACACCACCGAGAGCAGCUGGUACCUGGUGGCCAAGGUGUUCCUUUGGCUGGAUCCGGAGGGAAGCAUCACGACAGGGGUGCUGGGCACGGGAUACAACGGGACGACCAACCGGGACCCUACGAUCGCGUUCUCGCAGAGCCUGACGCAAAAUGCGACGGGGUUCAACUCGACGCUGGACUACACGCUGAGCGUGGCGCGGCAGUUCUCCAUCACGUCGCAGCUGCACACGCAGAAGGGCAACGGGACGGCGACCUGGACGCAGAGCCUGUCGUAUACCAACGUGGGGGGCCUGUACGCCAACGGGUACGGGGCCAUCAACACAUUCUCGACGGUGGGGCUGGAGACGGCCGAGGUGCCCGGCGGCUGGGACUACCGGACGAGCUUUUCCUACCCGCUGUACUGCAACACGACGGUGUCGUACUCGCCCGAGGGCAACCUGACGCUGUGGGCGCAGCUGGACCAAGGACUCAAGCUCGAGGUUCAGGGCAACACCGUGUACCCGACGGGCCUGGAGGCGUUCGAGAGGAAGGGGGCGGAGAAGUGGCUCGGCAGCGUGCUCGAUACGGACAGGAACGGGACGGCGACCUAUCUGCGCUACGGGGACAAUACGGUCACGACCGGGGUCGGGCAGACGCAUCAGGUGUUCCACUUCAGUGGGCUGACAGGCGAUGGGACUUAUGAGACGCCGGGGACGGAGCUGUAUUUUAGGGAUGUGUCUGCCUACAACAAUAGCGUGGUGACCGACUAUGAAGUCGUUGCAGGUAAGGUUAUCAGCUGAAGUUGCUGAGAUAAGGUAGUUAUGGAAUACACGAGUAAUGAACAACUGGAUCACGAGGAACGAUUAAUUGGAAUUUGGG